CGAUGAUCAAUCAGCCACAGCCAAAUACCUCUCCCACUUAAUUCUGAAUAUUUGGAUCUCCAAAAUCUUUGCACGUGUGGCACAUAUAUAGUGUGGCAACACUGCGAUACUAAUGGCUCCUAGCUCGAUAAUCUGCAAAGCAUGUCUUCCCAGCAAGAACGUCAGACACUCCUUAUACCUGUUGGCCUUGGCUCUCCCGAAUGAUUUGAUCGAUCUAUCUUUCCUUUGAUGAGAGUCAACAGCAAAAGCAACUCUCUUCAGGAAGUGGAUUUCGUCCUUGAGGCAACACUGGACGAGAUCUUCAGGAUGCGUUCUAUGGCAGGGAAUAAGGAUGAGCUUCAACAACUUAUUCUUCAUGCCAAAGACGAGUAUGAUGUCCUAAACGCAGAAAAAAUGAAAUUGGAACAAAGCAAGAAGUCCUUAAAUCCGGUCAAGUUAUUCUCUACCUAUCGCUCGAUCCGCUUGCUUGCGGAAGCAGGAAGAGCCUUGUGGAUCCAAACCAGGUCCGCGUCAGAGAGGAUGAGACGGCAAUUACUCUCUGUUGACGCACAGGAUGUGCAGCCUGUAGAUUAUAAUGAUCUGCCGCCCGACGCUCGCAUUAGCGCGAUUGUGUUGUCAACAGAGGCAACCACACAGCCGAAUGAUACCACCGCCUCAUUUUUCACCGAAGCAGCCAAUUUCGUGGAUUUACUACCUGAUGGAAAUCCCUUCGCGGACGAGUAUGAAGCGGAAGACAUGGGAACUGCUCCCGUCCCAGAAGACGGUUCAGCUUCAAACCCAUCGGCCGAUGAUGGAGUCACAUUACCCACCAGUCCAGAUUUUCGUCUUUCUGAAGCAUCGCCCCUUGGCUCUCCGUCAUCGAGGCCAGGUAGCAACAACUAUUUCAUCUUUCAAAAUAGCUGUGUUGCUUCGAGAUCUGCAAUACAAACACCAACUCUGAACAGUGGCGGGUCGCAUAACCGAGGGUCAUUUGCUGGCCCGCUGACGAGACAUUGACUUCCAAAAUGGCAAUCAUCGCAUGGUAACAUGGCACUAUUACGUUGGAUUCAAAACGGAGGAAUAAGCCUAUUUUACGCGAGGCGCGCGCGGAAUUCUGUUCGUAAUGAUAUUGAUGAACAUAAACAACGCUUAAUGACAGUGGAUAGUUUCUCAUGCUUAUUUCCCUGAUGAGUGGAGUGUUUUGGCGGGCCACACAUCAAAGUGAACGCGAGUCUUGUUUUUCAGAUAUUCCGAAUGGCUGUGUGCACA